AUGGCCACGCACGAGACUCAUAACCACAAUGCCGUCCCCCCAACGGACCUGGAGAAGGAUGUGCACACCUCGGGCGCCGACCACUACAACCACAACGGCACCGCCGCCGCCAACGGCGUCCAAAUAAGCCCGAACGCCGCCCACGCACGAAACAACGGGCCCUUCACCCGCAUCGCCGACUACCAGAACAUGACCGAGGGCCAGGCGCAGGCCUUUGGCGGCUCCCUCCAGCCCGGCCUGUGGAAGCCGUACGAGCACCGCAAGUUCGCCAACCCGGCGCCCCUCGGCCUGUCGGCCUUUGCCCUGACGACCUUCGUCCUGUCGUGCGUCAACCUGCAGGCUCGCGGCGUCAAGGCGCCCAACAUCGCCGUGCCGCUGGCCUUUGGGUACGGCGGACUUGUCCAGCUGCUUGCGGGCAUGUGCAAGUGGAUCUCGAGCCAGGCAAACUAG